AUGACGGCGAGGCCUGCCGUCCGCGUCACUGAAUGGGUGUGCAACUCAUGUCGUGCCCGUCAAACCCCGGCGACGAAGGGACAUUCGCUUGUCCUGCGUCGCAGAGCCUCGACUGCGACUGCGCUGUCUUCCUCGAGUCCGGUCGUCGGUAGCAGCACCCAGAAACGAGGAAAGCUUCCCUCAUCGCCAGCUCGAACUCGAUUCGCUCCCUCUCCCACAGGCAAUCUACACCUAGGUUCCAUUCGGACCGCAUUAUUCAACUACCUACUCGCUCGAGCGACGAACGGCCAGUUUCUACUUCGAAUCGAGGACACCGAUGCAAAGAGGACGAUCCCCGGUGCGGAGGAACAGCUGUACAAAGAUUUGAGAUGGGCAGGGCUACAAUGGGACGAAGGACCCGAAGUGGGAGGUCCUUAUGGCCCGUAUCGACAAUCUGAAAGACUGGCAUUGUACAAGACACACCUCGAGACACUCUUACAGACCGGGCAGGCAUACCGCUGCUUCUGCACGUCGGACCGUCUGGAUGGACUGAACCGCCGGCGCCACGAGAAGGGAUUGAGUCUGGGAUACGACAGAAAAUGCCUGAACAGCCUCUCCCCGUCCCAGGCAGAAGAGAAGGCUCACCGUGGUGAAGCGCACGUCAUCCGUUUCCGCUCUCCACACGAAUGGCCUCGCUACAAUGACCUCGUCUACGGCAAAUCCCAAGGCCACGGGGCCGAAAAGACCAAGAGAUUGCUGGUCGACGAGCCGGUAUACGAGGAUGCGAUCCUCAUGAAGUCCGACGGCUUCCCCACGUACCAUUGGGCAAAUGUUUGCGACGACCAUGAAAUGCACAUCACCCACGUCGUCCGGGGCUCUGAGUGGAUGGCUUCGACACCACUGCAUGUCGCGCUGUAUAAUUCCCUGAGGUGGUCGCCCCCAGCUUACGCGCACGUUCCGCUGCUCGUCGACAGCAACAAGCAGAAGCUCAGCAAGAGGAACUUCAACUCGGACAUCUCACAAUUUCGCAACCAAGGCAUCUUCCCCGAAGCCCUGGUCAACUUCGCCGCGCUUCUGGGCUGGUCUCACACCCAGAAGCGAGAUGUGAUGGACCUCGCCCAGCUCGAAUCCCUCUUCGACCUGAAGAUCACCAAGGGAAACACGAUCGUCUCCUUCGACAAAUUGAAUUUCUUACAGGAGCAGCAUGCUCGCCGGCGAGUGCUGGCGGGAGGAGAGGCGUUCGAGCAAAUCAUUCGCGACGUCGCCGUUGCUGUUCUGGAGAGAUAUGGCGCUGGGAGGAUCAUGCAGUUUCUUGAUAGUGGGUCGCAGAAGAGGCAGCUGAGAGACGUCCUCGCAAACCUUCUAAGGGCCGAGUCCCUGCAUUACCGCUCGCCGUCCCAAUUCGCGGAGCAGUGCUCGUUGUUCUUCGAGCCUGUCACCCUAGGCGACCUGGAAGUCAGCGACGUCGAACUCCUCCACCCGCUCCGCGUCGCCGCGUCCACUCUGGCGUUGAUCCCCGAGCAAUCAUGGACGCGGGACACCCACCUCGCGCACCUCCGCGCUCUGGAAGCGAGCAGCCCUGCUGCUGCCGCCGCCGACGAAUCGGUCGACCCACGGACCUGGAAACGGGAACUGUACCACUACCUGCGCUGGGCACUGCUGGGCGGACGACAGGGGCCGGGAAUCGCCGAGACGCUGGAAAUCUUGGGACGGGGGACCUGUAUCCAGAGGAUCCAGGACGCAAACACCACAGCCCGCGAGCUGGAGACCGCCCGGACCAGGCCCGUCAUCCGGGCUCAGGGGUGGAAAGGCGACGUCGAGGGCAAGAGGAGGGUCGAGAAGGAGUGGAAGGGGUAUUCAUUGCGGUCGUAG